ACUUCCAACCAAAACAUACACGAAGCGGUGCUAAUCGGUUAUAGGAAAUCUUUUCGUCUUGUCGAUGACCAAACGGGGACGAUCAGAGAAAAGAAACCUCGCGACAAAAUACUGGUUUUUGAGAAGAAAAUCGCAGCGGCAGCGAGGAUGGGAGCAUCGAGUUCGACGAGCCAGAAGGUGUCGACCGAACAGCGAGAGGUCGAAACCUUAGCGGCUUCUACAGGAGCUCUUCCUAUGCUACAGCAAGCUUUUUCCAGGCUUGCCGAUCCCCAAUCAAAUGUAGUUCCCCUCAAAAGCUUGCAGCAAUGCUUCUGCUUUGCGUAUGAAAACCUGAUCUCUGAAGCACCCAAGAUGCCCGAUACCUUCCUUGUGUUUUUGGAUAAUCUCAGCUCAUCCAUUGUUGAGGUAUUUUUCAUGCCCCAGAAAGGGGGAGUAAGUUGGGUCGAGUUUGUUAGAGGUUAUAUUAAGUGCUGUGGAAGGAUGUCGGCAUCAAUGUCACUUAAUGCAUUACUCAAAAUGUAUGCUGCGACGGUGACAAAAGCGGGUCUUCCUUUGAAAUUGGACUUUGAAUCUGAUGAGGCUGACUGUAAGAUAAACGGUUCACUUUUGGCAAGCGAUGUGCAUAUGCUUCUUUGGAUGUGUUGGACUAUGUCGUGGGAUGUCAGAACAUCGAGAAGUUCCAAGGCAAAAGCAAAUCUAUGUCUUCCGGACAUCAGUCAUCUGGUAUUAUCAGCUGUCACGUCGUGUACUGAAGUUGGCAGUGGCUUGAAUGUGUGGUAUUGUGAUGUCUUGGGCUUGGAGGUUCAACUUCCUGUCGGUAAGUUUCUGACAUGGGCUAUUAAAACGGCCCAGUGCCUCCCGGAUUGCUUGACACAAUUUGUCCAUGCGAGACUCCAAAACUUUCGCGCGGCAGAGAAUGAAUGUGCUUCUUCAAGUUCGUCAGUAGGAGAACUUUCCUCAACUAAGACAUGCAAUUCUUUCCUUUUAACCCGGGGAAGGGCAUGGGCAAUUUCCCUUACACUCAGAAGUACCAUAAGUGAAGAGAUCUCACAAGUUUGCUUUCCAAGCACUGGUGAUGGAACACAUGACAACCUACUUUAUCAGUCAUCUCUUCAUGGGAGAGGCUUGAACCGAUUCUGGUCUAAUAUUGAAGGAUACAAAGGUCCAUUGUUGAUGUUGAUUUCUGCAAGUUCAGGAGAUGCUAAUGAGAGUGGCACCAAUCUUAGGAAAUGGAUUGUUGGUGCACUUAUGCAGAGUGGGUUUCAAAAUGGGGAUCUGUUCUACGGAAGCUCUGGAUGCUUGUAUGCCAUAAGUCCAGUCUUCCAUGUGUUAUCAUCAACUGGAAAGGACAAGAACUUCGUAUAUAGCCACUUGCAUGCUACUGGUAAAAUAUAUGAGCCAAAGCGAAAACCUGUCGGAAUUGCUUUUGGAGGAACCAUGGGAAAUGAGAGAAUCUUUGUGGAUGAAGAUUUUUCUAGAGUCACGAUUCGCCAUCAUGCCAUAGACAAAACUUACCAACCCGGUUCCCUCUUUCCAGAUCAGGGUUUCCUGCCUGUGGAAGCUUUGAUUUCAGAAGUGGAAGUUUGGGGAUUUGGUGGGAAGGGGGCAAAGGAUGUGCAACAUUCAUAUAAGAAGAGAGAAGAGCUGUUCACUGAGCAAAGACGGAGGGUUGACUUGAAAACUUUUGCAAGUUGGGAAGAUUCACCUGAGAAGAUGAUGAUGGACAUGAUAUCAGACCCCAAUGCAGUUCAACGGGAAGAUCGUUAAAUUAUACUGCACAUGCUUAAGCAUAAUUUUAACACUCUUACUUUUGGCUGUUUAGUGUUGUAUUAAUCUUUAGAAGAGAUGAAUUGGGCAAAUGAUUUUCUUGAGUCUAUUAGCCCUAAAGAAAAUUCGAUGGGAGAAACUGGCCUUAAGUUUCGUAGAGCGAUCUUGUUACGUUGCUUGUGUAAAUGUUGUAUAGUGUCGUAGAUUUAAUGACAUGUUAUUACGUGUUCGCGUUCCUAAA